UUUUUCACUUCAGCAAUAAAAUCUGAUGUCUCACUUAAACCCUAGAAAUUUAUUUAAUUUAAAAUAAGAUAAUUUUUUUAUAAAAUUUUUAAUUAAUAUAACAAAGCCCCUAACUGGUCGGCAACCAAAAAGACACAACCUUGACACACCUGUUGAUCUCACUGUUUGGAUUUCUACCUGUGUUCAAGCCAACCAACAAGCAGCAAGGUCUGCGCUGAUGUUACUUUACGUGAAAAACAAACAAGAUUUCUCAACUUAAUGGCAUUUUAAGCUUGUUUUAUACCAGUUAAUUAAGUCCUGUCGAUAAUUUGAUUAAUAGAAUGAAGACCAGCAUGGAACAUAUAUUAAUUUUAUGUAUGUUAUUUCUGUUGGUGCAGUCAGACAUUAACAAGUGUAGAAAUAAGUUACUGGAAAAAUGCUUCUGUGGAGAACAAUAUAUAGACCGUACAAGGAUGUUUGUUGUAAAUUGCACAAACGUUGGAUUUACCAAUACAGAUGCUCUAGCAGUGCUUCCUGAAGAGACCCAGAUGUUAAUAUUCACUGGAAACCAUCUGAACAUAUUACCCUCAAAUAUUUUCGGUGAUGAAGUGGAUUUAAGUGACUUAAAAGUAAUUGACAUGAGCAAUAAUGGUAUUCAAGAAAUCAAAGGUAAAUCUUUUCAUCAUGUGACUAAUGUAGAACGAGUUAUUUUAAACCACAAUAAUAUAUCAAUUGCUGAAGAGUAUGAUAGAAACUUCCAUCACCCAAGGGUUUUUUCCAAUUUUUUUAACUUGGAAGAACUGCAUUUAACUAAUGCCUUUGCAGACAAUACUGAUGCCGAGUUAGCUGAUGAUUUACAUGACAUUUUUGUUAGCAGUAAUUUGACCAAACUUUAUAAACUUCAUUUGGAGCAAAAUGAAAUCAAAAACUGGAAAGAUAAAACAGUUUUUUGUGACUUGCCCAACUUACACGACCUAUAUCUAGGUGAUAACAAUAUACCUAGUUUAAAUUUUGAUAUUCUCUGUUUAAAAAAGCUCAGAUAUUUAGAUCUAGAAAGCAAUAAUAUCACAUCUUUCUCUGCAAAAGAUUUAGAAGCAUUUGAUGUCCUGGCUAACAGUCCCGAUAGGCAAGAUCUUUUUGUGUUAGAAGUCAGAAAUAAUCCAUUUAAAUGCGAUGCAGCAAAAGAUUUUUACUCAUGGAUUAAAAGUACAAAUAUCAAUGUGAGACAUAAAGAAUCUUUACAGUGUAAAACAACAAAGUAUGGUCAAAAAUAUAUUGUUAACAUGAAGAGCUUGGCAGAAUCGAGUCAGGCAAAAGUAUCGCAAGCUUUGACAGUGCUGUUGGUUAUUUUAGUGUUCAUUUUAUUAAGUUUGCUGGGUGCUUAUGUCUAUUUAAAGAAAGACAGUGUUCGAACAAAACUAUCUCCAGUAUUUGAUGCCAUAACUCGAAAAGUGCAAUAUACAACAAUCGAAUCUCAAGAUGUCUAGAAUAAUUGGUGUAUUUGUUAUCUUUUAACUUAGACUUUUAAUAGCUAUUUUUCUGACUGACUUUAAAAUACUUAACAUUUAAAUACUAAUUUAUUUGUUGCUUUUAUCUAAAUGUAUUUGUAUUAUGCUAGCUGUUAAUUUUUAUGACUUUUUUAAGAUUAAAAUAUAUGUAUAUAAUUAGGGACUUUAAUAUGAGAGCUGAAAUCCUAUGUAACAUAGGUUUUUAUUAAUACUUGAAGGUUGUAUAAAAUUUUGUGAUAUUAAAUCGAUUUUUGUGACUUCUUGUAAUGUUAAUAUAAGAUACAUUUCAAAAUCCA